UCGACUCGUGUUAUAGACAAAGACCGACAUUAUAGAGUAUCGUGCAACGUGCAGCUCUACAUAACUGCGAUAAUGUCAUGGAAUGCCGAUAUAACGUACGCUUUUACUCCCUUGAAAAUUUUAACUCUGCCAUUAGGCGUUUGGCCCUUGCAAAAAUAUGAUAUAUAUUCCGCAGUCCGUACUUUCAUAUGCAGCUUCAGUUUGCUAUUGUACUACCGCAUGUACGCCGACAAUCUGAUUCGCAACUUUACUUCUGCUGUGAACGAUUAUCUUGCGGUCGACACUGAGAAGAAACGGAUGAUCAUGCGGCGGCACGCAUUCAUGGGAAGGAUGAUGUGUUACAGUAUCCUAUUUUUCGCUUAUGUCGCUUCGUCUAUUUUCGGUUUGUUACCUAUACUAGCAGGCGAUGAGGAUAUCCAAGUUAAUGAAUCCAUCAAGAAUCAAGCGUCGGGCUUACCCAUGCCCUUAACAUGCAUUUUUGGAAACUCUUCUAUACCUUCAAGUUUAUAUUUGGUGAUCUCUACGGUACAAUAUAUUCUACUAAUACUCAACAGCAACUGCAAUUGUGGAAAUGAUUCACUUUUCCUCGCAAUAACUAUUCAUGUUUGCGGGCAAAUGGAAAUCCUAAAAAUUGAAUUUUCCAAUUAUGGCGUGGAAAGCAAAAAUCUAAGUAAAGAUUUUUCAGUAUUGACAUCAAGACAUCGUUUUCUAAUAGAGCAUACGGAACUUCUGAUAGAUGUAAUAAAUUUCGUUUUGCUUGUGCAAGUGUCGGUUUAUUGUAUUCUUAUUUGCUUAAUGGGUUUCCAACUCAUCUUGGCGUUAAAACAUCAUGACGUAGUGAUGAUAAUUAAAACGAUAACAGUGUUGGGCGCUCUACUGUUACAGUUGUUCUUUUAUAGUUUUGUGGGCGAUUAUCUGAAGUGUCAAAUGGAAGAAGUAGCGAAUUCGAUAUACAGCUGCAAUUGGUACAACCUUCCAUUGAAAUUAAUGAAGAAUAUUGUGUUCACCAUCUUGCGGUCGCAACAACCUGUUCAGUUGCUAGCUGGUCGAUUUUUCGUAAUAAACAUCGAAUCUUUUAUGACCAUAUUAAAAAGCUCAUUUUCAUACUUAUCCGUCCUACGAGUGAUGGUGGACGCGUAAGGCGCAAAUAACCGUUGAGAGAAAAACUUGAAAAGAUAACACCGUACACGUAAGCAAUAUCAUUUUAUAAGAAAUUCUGUUAAACAUCAUGAUAUGUCUAGAAUUGAAUAAUUUAACUUUAUGUAAAUAAAAUUGCUUUCUU